AUGACUCUAACCCUACAGUGUGGAAAGACUUUUAGUCAGAUGUCUAAUCUCAGGAAACACCAGAGGAUCCAUACUGGAGAAAAGCCAUAUCAAUGUCCUCAGUGUGGAAAUACUUUUAGUCAGAUGUGUUCUCUCAGGACACACCAGAGGAUCCAUAAUGGAGAAAAGCCCCAUCAAUGCUCUCAGUGUGGAAAGGGUUUCAAAAGUAGCAGUGAACUUACAAUCCACCAGAGGACACAUACAGGUGAAAAGCCAUAUCAUUGUCCUCAGUGUGGAAAGACUUUUAGUCAGAUGUCUUCUCUCAAGACACACCAGAGGAUCCAUACAGGGGAAAAGCCAUAUCAGUGUUCUCAGUGUGGAAAGGUCUUUAGUCAUAAGGGUGAUCUCAACAAACACCAGAGGAUCCACACUGGAGAAAAGACGUAUCAGUGUUCUCAGUGUGGAAAGGCCUUUAGUGAAAAUUGUGAUCUCAAGAAACACCAGAGGAUCCAUACUGGGGAAAAGCCAUAUCAGUGUUCUCAGUGUGGAAACACUUUUAGUUGGAUGUCUUCUCUCAAGAAACACCAGAGGAUCCAUGAAAGAAAUAUCAGUGUUCUGAGUGUGGAAAGACUUUAA